AAUAAUGAGGACUGAAGAAGGUGGAGAAGAACCUUUUUUUUAUGUCUCGCAGCAGCUCCAAAUAACCCCAUUAAAUUCUCUCUCAGAUCACACACGCACACACAUCGCUUUCUCAACCUCAUAAACGCCCUGAAUUUUCUCACUUGCCAAACACCCCGCUUCCGCUGAUUCUCCCCUCAACGGUCGCGUUCCGUCGCGGGAAUUCAAUAUCCAGCUCCGUCGUUCUCAGCGAACCGUGAUCUGAAUCUGGUACGACAGGCAAGAACUGCAGCGUUAUAUGUUUGUCAGCUAAGUGUUGAAUGGAUCAGAGACCAGGACAAAAGUGAUAUUUGUGAAACAGGGUGAGGCAGCAGAUAGUCAGGAGCCGAUCAAUGGAGUCUGGCGAGUACGAGGAAGGCAUGGUGGUUGAAUUCUCUGCAAAUGGGAAUUCCAUGAAAGCAACAGAGGUUCAGGCCAAGCUUGAUGAAGGAAACAUUCAGGAGGCAGAAUCUUCGUUACGAGAAGGGCUAUCACUCAAUUUCGAGGAAGCAAGAGCCCUUCUUGGAAAGCUGGAGUAUCAAAGAGGUAACCUAGAAGGUGCACUUCGUGUGUUUGAUGGCAUUGAUCUUCAAGAUGCCAUAGGGCGAUUGCAACCUAAUCUUGCUGAGAAAACAGCUUCUAAGAAGGGCCGAACUCGUUCUGAUUCACAGCAUACAGUCUCACAGCAUGCUGCUACUCUCAUUCUUGAUGCCAUAUACUUAAAAGCCAAGUCUCUACAAAAGCUUGGGAGAUUAAAAGAAGCUGCUAAUGAAUGCAACAAUGUGCUUGAUGCUGUGGAAAAAAUAUUCCAUCAGGGCAUACCUGAUGCACAAGUAGAUGGUAGAUUACAAGAGACAGUCAGCCAAGCUGUGGAGCUUCUUCCUGAGCUUUGGAAGCAAUCUGGCCACCCUCAAGAAGCAAUAUCUGCUUAUAGACGUGCCCUACUUAGUCAAUGGAACCUUGACAAUGACCGCUGUGCAAGAAUUCAGAAAGGAUUUGCUGUGUUUUUGCUGUACAGUGGAGUAGAGGCUGGUCCACCCAGUUUAGGUGCUCAGGUUGAAGGCUCAUAUGUCCCUAAAAAUAACCUGGAGGAGGCUAUUCUGCUUUUGAUGAUCCUUUUGAGAAAAUUAUCCCCAGAUAAAAACAAAUGGGAUCCAUCAUUGAUGGAACAUCUAACAUUUGCUUUAUCUUUAUGCAACCAAACUUUUGUUUUAGCAAAGCGACUUGAAGAAAUCAUGCCUGGAGUAUAUCACCGUGUUGAUCGUUGGAAUUCUUUAGCCCUUUGUUAUAGUGGAGCAGGACAGAACGAAGAGGCGUUGAACCUAUUAAGGAAGUCUUUGCACAAACAUGAACGACCAGAUGAACUCAUGGCAUUGUUAUUAGCCGCCAAAAUCUGCAGUGAGGAUUCCCAUGUUGCAGCUGAGGGAGUGGGAUAUGCACAAAGGGCUAUUAGCAAUGCUCAGGGGUUGGAUGAACAUUUAAGGGGUGUGGGACUUCGCUUGUUGGGUCUUUCUUUGGGGAAGCAAGCUAAAGUUUCUUCUUCUGACUUUGAGAGGUCUCGUCUUCAGUCUGAAGCACUGAAAUCACUACAUGAGGCGAUUACUUUGGAGCCAAACAAUUCAGAUUUGGCCUUCGAGUUGGGAGUUCACUACGCAGAGCACCGGAAUCUGAAUACUGCUUUGCGCUAUGCAAAACAGUUCAUUGAUCAAACAGGGGGCUCCCUGAUAAAAGGUUGGAGGUUGCUUGCUCUUGUUUUGUCUGCUCAACAGCGAUUUUCAGAAGCUCAUGUGGUCACUGAUGCUGCUUUGGAUGAGACCACAAAAUGGGAACAAGGGCCACUUCUCAGGCUUAAAGCAAAGCUAAGAAUUUCCCAAUCAUUACCCAUGGAUGCAAUUGAAACUUAUCGUAACCUUCUUGCUUUGGUUCAAGCCCAAAGGAAAUCUUUUGGACCUCUCAGAAUGAGUCCUCAGGCUGAGGAUGAUAAAGUCAGUGAAUUUGAAGUUUGGCAUGGAUUGUCAGACUUGUACUCUAGCCUUUCGUAUUGGAAGGAUGCAGAAAUAUGUUUGAGUAAAGCCAGAGAGCUGAAGCAGCACUCUGCAGAAACGCUGCACAUAGAAGGUGUCAUCUUUGAAGGACAGGGGCAAAUUCAAGAAGCUCUAGCCACUUAUAUCGAUGGUCUUCUGGUGGAACCCUGUUAUGUUCCUUGCAAGAUUUUGAUUGCCGCUCUUCUGUCAAAGAUGGGAUCAACGGCAUUGCCUGUGGCAAGGAGCUUACUCUCGGAUGCAUUAAGGAUUGAUCCUAGCAAUCGAAAGGCUUGGUAUUACUUGGGAAUGAUUCACAGAGAUGAUGGACGAAUAGGGGAUGCCAUAGACUGCUUCCAGGCAGCUUCCAUGCUUGAAGAAUCGGAUCCAGUUGAAGGCUUCAGCUCUGUUCUCUGAUGUCUCCCUCCGAAAGAGCAACUUGGGGAACUUGGAAUCUGCUCACUUCAACUCAUUCAUCUGUUGAAGGGAAACUAUUUUUUUUAGCGUAUUACGAGAAGAAACGAAAGCAAGGGAAGUAGAAGCUCAUUUAAUUUUUGUGGAUUUCAGAGAAGUGAAAAUAUAGGAGAUUUAUUUUCUUUUAUUCUUUGUUUAAUUUUAUUUUUUGGAGGGCAGGUUUUUAGCAAUACUUCUGCUCAGCUGUGUAAAUGUAUGUGGUUUAACCGAGGAAAGUAUAUAUCUAAACGAAAUUCACAUUCGUUUUCUUCA